GCAAUUUAUUGACCACGGAAAGGAUUAUCGAACCAUCAAAACACAAUGACCGACGUUGUGGCUUCCGGCAUCCUCAGCUCCUUGCUCGACAGGCUGCCGAACCAAAUAGUCGACGAGUUUGGUUGGCUGAGGGACAUCGGCGCCGAGCUGAAGAAGCUGGAGGGCACCCUCUCCAUCAUCCGCGACGUGCUUGAGGAUGCGGAGGAGAGGCAAGUGCAGGAGAAGGCCCUCAGAGGGUGGCUGAGACGCCUCAAAGAUGUGGCCUACGAUAUCGACGAUCUGCUAGACGAGGACUUCACCAGGAACCGAAAGAGGAGUUUAACUGAUCCGGAAAGCAGUACCACUAGCUGGAUGAAGGGAACGAAUCUACAAGUUUUGGACCUGCAAGGAUGUCGAUUUUUAAAGGAAGUACCAGACUCCAUUGGUAAUCUCUUCAAUCUAGUAAUACUGAAUCUUGAACGCUGCACAAGCUUUGUUUCCCUACCAACUUCCAUUGGUCAUUUAAAGAGUUUGCAAACCUUAAACCUCGCAUAUACCAGGAUAAAAAAGUUGCCCGAAAGCGUAUGUUGCCUCUCAGAUCUUCGAUCAAUUAAUCUAACAAGCUGUUACUUUCUGCGCGAGCUCCCAGAGAACAAGCAGAACACGGAAAGCCUCACAUGUCUUUGCACAGGUCAUUGCCAUAAAUUAACGUGCAUACCCGCUGGACUUGUACAGCCAAGCUACUUUCGAGACCUACUGCUCUUUGAGCUUUGCGAAAAGAGCGAGUGUGGACUCAAGGAGCUCAACAAACUUAAUCUUGAAGGCUUCCUAUGGAUUGCUAACCUAGAAAAUGUGAAGAAUUUCCAACAGGCUAGAGAGGCUAACUUAAUAGAAAUGGAUGGUCUUCACUCAGUAGGGUUGGCAUGGGACCUGGAUACUUACAAGAAGAAAAUGGAAGCCUACAGCACGCGCACUAACGUAGAAGGAAGAAGCAGGCAAGGUCUGAUCAAUGCACUUGCAGUAGCCGAAGAAGUCCUCAACGGCCUCCAACCGCACGAAAAUUUGACCCUAUUGGCGAUAUUUUGCUACCCGGGCAAAAUUUUUCCAAAAUGGUUGGAGUCGAGUUUUCCAAAUCUUGUUGAGAUUUACUUAUCUUCUUGUUUCAGAUGUGAGACCCUCCCAAGAAUAAGUCAAUUGCAUAACCUUGAGACCCUUUCUCUCAAGAAGCUUCCCGCCGUCAAGUCUCUUCCGCUGCUCGGGCAGUUGCCUGCUCUUAAAGUUUUGAAUCUCGCUUCUCUCCUAGCAGUCAAGAGCCUGGGCUCAGAGUUCUAUGGUGCAGGUGAUGGUGCGUUCCCAGUAUUGGAGAACUUGAGUCUAGAACACAUGCCUGAGUUGGAGGAGUGGUGUGAAGCAUCAGCUGGGCGACGAUCUUUCCCUCGUCUGUGGGAGUUGAGGCUACUAGACUGCCGAAAACUGAAAGAACUGCCUUCAUCUUUUCCGUCCGUUGAGCAGCUGUAUUUGUGCGCUAACAGUGAGCUGCUGCUAUCUUCUCUCCCAAGCGGCACAUUUCCAAGUCUCAAGAUUGUGCAUCUGGCAAAUUCCUAUGACCCUGCUCGACCAUCUGUUCCACAAAUUCUCGCGGAGCGCUUAACAUCGGUAAAAUGUCUGGACUUCUACUGGUGGAAUCCUAUGCACGAUGAUGAUCUAGACUUCAUCAAACGUACUGCAGAACUGCCAUAGCCUUUUGUUUUGGAAUAUUGCACUACUUAUAUUUGUCUCCAGAUAAAAAGAGGUUUGGCAAUCAAUACGA